CGCCGGUCGAAUUGCCGCGGUUCGCACACCUCCGGUGCCGCGUUUUCCCUCCGUCCGAGUUGAGUUUGCAAAAUCACAAGCGGAUAUUAAAGACACACGCGCACACACGCACAGGACUCUCAGAAAAUCGUCCGCCAUGUCGCACGGAUACUACAACGGUGGCUACAACGGCAUGUACGAGGUGGACCACAGAUACGAAGAAAUUCCGGACAUCGAUCCGUCCAUGGAUUUCGAAUCCCUGGACGACUCGGCUUUUUACUACCGGGAAUCGCCGACAAGGAUCCAAAGGCCGUCUGACGCGCACGCGGUAGAUCCGGCGGAACGAUCCUUGUUGUUGCGCACCCACAUGCACGGGUUAGCGGGCCGAACAACAAGGCGUACGACUCCGCCUCGGCCGCCACCGUCGUCCACGCCAACGGCGGACGCCGGCGGCAGAAAAACGGCGUCCGUGACGCCGUGCAAGGCGAGACGCCGGCUGGACGUGUACGGCACCAGCUUGCCGGGCACGCCUGUCCGUGCCGACGUGUUCGCGCCAAUGAUGGCUCAGGCAGCCGCCGUCAAGCCCGGGCAGCCCACUGUCCGCCGGUCCCGGUCUUCCGUCGCGCUCUACAACAAACACAGGCGCGCGCCCGAGUUUCUGUCCGAGUACAAUCUGGACACUUGCGUGCCGGCCACCGGCGUUCAGUACAACCGGCCGAGGAACACGGCCAUCAUACAGCCCAUCUACAAAGCGCCGUCUUCUGUUUUUCAGGUCGAAGAGAAGAUGCCAGCCGAAUCUCCAAACAAACCGUCGUGGUCACACACUCCACCCAGGACUCCUGUGCAGACCCUGCCCGUGUGUACCCUGUGGACGGCCGCCAUGGUGCUUGUGGUAUCCGGCACAGCCAGCUGCAUGCUGUGCUUCUACCUGAUGUCACGUCGCGGCCGGCUGUACUACCUUAACGCCGGACUACUGGCCGCCGCCGUAUGUCUGAUCCUAGGUUUCCCCGGUUUUCGGUCUCAACAGUGGCGAUGGCUGCCCAACCGGAACUACGUCACGGGCUACAUACUGGUGGCUCUGUUCAGCGUACUCGAGUCGUGCGCGCUGUGGCUGAUGUGUCAAAGCACAGUGUUGGACCCUGCGCUUAACGACAUUGGAGCCGGCGUGGUAUGCGGCAUAUCGGCCCUGUCCGUAGGCCUGGCCUGUCUGGGCCUUAGCACGUCCUACUGUUGCCGGUAUCCGCCGCCCGACAACCGAGUGGCCCACGCCGUUGAGGGUUUCGUCGUAUGACAGGCCCGACCGUCCGCGUUGUGUAUACAGGGUGUACAAUGUCGCAAUCGUUUAUAUAUUGAUAAUUUAUAUUAAAGUGAUUGGAACCAAAAAUGUAGUAGUGACCAUUUUUUUAUUUCCAAAACGAGUUUUUCAUCAUACUUCUUUUACAAUUUAUCUUCUACUUUAAAAACAGAUAACAAAAAAAUAAUAAAAAAUCGCCCGUAAGAACACAUUAGUAAUCUAAUUUUUAUUUUUAUUUUUUAUAAAUUUGGAUAUAAAAUCACUUAAAUCCGUUUGGUUUUAAUCGCUUCAUAAUCAAUGGAAUAGUGCACAAGUGUGAUGAGCACAUUUUUUUUUAGAGUUGAUAAAACAAUCAGGUGAUUGGUUUUUUUUUUUAAAUCCAACAAAUGUUUGGCGUUUAAUCAAAAACUAACCCGACUUAACCCGUAUGCAGCUAUUGGAAAAUAUUAAAGUAUCUUUAUAUAUUAGGAUACACGUAGAAAAAACUUGAGCAACUUUUUGUUAUAUAUAAUAAAAAAUUAAUAUUUAAAACCCUUAACCAUAAAAUAAUACACUCUCUGCGUAUACGUAUUUCGGCAAUAAUGUUGUCAUCUUCAGCGCUAACGACAGAAUGAGGUAUUAUUUUAUGGUUACGGGUUUUAAAUAUUAAUUUAUUUAUUAGAAUACACUUCGGUUAUAUUUCAGUAUCGUUUUUAAAACGUUUAACAACGGACCAAAAUAUUUUUUUUAAAUGACAACAAAAACGUUUUGACAACUUUUGAAAAUAUUCAAAUGGAAACCUAACCUGACUGGGACAAGAUUUCUUUAAAAAAAAAAAAACCGGGAUUUUACCAUUUUUUUUAACACACGUCAAGUGAAUACAAUAUAGACAUUAUUAUUUUCAAAUCUUUUCCCAGUAAAAUACAACGAAAUACACGUUUUACACACGUGCACUAUGCCAGCGAUGAUUUUCUCUGUUAGACCAUCACCUGGUACAUCCCUUAUUCAGUUGUACAAAAACUAGAGUAAAAACGACAUAGUAUUUCUCAGAACUCAUAAAAAAUAAAUUGUCAUUUGAAAGCGCACUAUGGUCGGCAUUUGCACGUAGAAAAACUAUUAAACCACGUCUUACCGAGAACGAUGUACAAUUUUUUUCCUAUCUCUUUAUGCCAUGUCGGUAAAAGCAAUCACGCAAGCCGAUUCGGGUGGCCAUGAAAAAAAGGUAUUUUUUAAUCUUGUAAUUUGUAAAAAGUCAAUAAACAUUAUAAAAGUUUUGUUACAAGCUAACCCCAAGGUUUCCAAAGUCUUAGGCACAAAAAAAAAGGCGAUAGAAUUGCCCAAAUGAAGAAUAAAUAUUAAAAAUAGGUACCAAAAAAAAUCAAUUACCUUUAAAAUUAAUUCGCAGUAUGAUGACCACAUUUGAGAAAAUUUAGCGGUUUUGUAUAGAAAACAUUGUUUUUAACAUUUGUAUUGUUUUAAAUUAUUAUUUUUAACGUAUUAUAUAUAUUUUUUUUUGUAUAAAAAAAUGUCAUUACAACUAAAGCACAAUAACUUAC